AUGAGUAUAUUUGGAGCAAUAUGUCUGGGAAGACCAAUGAUAUUAGCAGAACAAGUAGAUCAAACAAAAUUUGUAAUAAAUAUCCACAAUGCAUCAAAUAUUUCAUAUAUAACAAUAUUUAUAUUACCAAAUUCUCAAUUUGUUGAUAUAAAUUUCACUGCAUUAAUAUAUUUCCAAUUACCACAACAACAACAGCAACAACAACCUGAAUUUAAACUUUUAGGUGGUAUAAAUCCGGCAAAACCAUCUGCUAUAUAUAAGGUUAAUAAUUUAACUAAUACAACUUCUACACAAAAUUCAGAUAAUAUAGAUUUAGAUAUGAAUGAUCAUGGACCAAUUGAUUUAAAUGAUUCAGUAAGUAUAAAUAUAGGUAUAUCAAUUGAACCAACACCACAAGCAGAGCAAUUAAUUGCUCAAUCUAAAACACCAAGUACAUCCUUAGUGCCAACUAAACAACCUCAACCUAAAUCACCAAAUGAUACUGCUGUAUUAGCUAAUAAAAUUGUAGGAAAUGCUUAUAAUUAUUUAGCUAGUUUUAUUGAUAAUCAAGGAAAAGUUCCUAUAAAGGCUUUUGAUAAUUGGUGGGAUAAAUUUAAGACUAAAUUACAAAAUAAUCCAAAUUUUUUAAAUGAAAUACAGGAAUAA